AUGUCGCAGACCAUUGGAAAGACCCGUCUCGCCUACUCGCGCGCAUGGCACCACGUCGACGUGGGCAGUGACGGUCGCACCCUAGGCCGGCUGGCCUCCUCCAUCGCCCUCGUCCUCAUGGGCAAGAAUAAGCCCAUCUACGACCCCUCCACCGACUGCGGCGACUACGUCGUCGCCGUCGGCUGCCACGACCUCCGCACCACCGGCAAGAAGCGCCAGCAGAAGAAGUACUACACCCACACCACCCGGCCCGGUAGCCUCAAGAGCAUGACCAUGGAUAUGAUGUUCGAGAAAUGGGGCGGCGGCGAGGUCCUGCGCCGCGCCGUCCGCGGCAUGCUGCCCAAGAACCGGCUGCGGGAUAAGCGGUUGGCGCGGUUGAAGACUUUCGAAGGUCUCAAGCACCCCUACGAGCAGAAUAUCAUCAAGAUCGGUGGGACGGGUGUUCAGGCUCAGGCUCAGGCUCAGGAGUCGGUCAUCGGAAAGCUUCCCGAGGUGCAGCAGGCUUUCCAGGCGGCUAAGGUGGAGGCGUCGGCAUGA